GUGAAGGCUUCUGGGAAAUGUAGUCCAAGAGUCGAUUAGGGCCUGCUCCGAGUCCCAGGAGCCCCUCUUCAAGCUGCCGGAUCGCCUCGAACCUUAUAAACCCAGGACUUGCAACGGUUGCGUGGCCGUUCCAAAUUGGUUUUGUAAUUAGCCCUCACCCAAAACACUUUGUGAAGCUGCGGAGGGCCCAGGGCUGUCCACUACUCUUCCUUCCUCUACGCACCCCCACCCCCGAGCAGGAUGAGGUGAAUCUCUGGCUCCAAUCUGAGGAGGCCAUGUCUGCAGAAUUGAUUUCAUCUGCAGAAGAGGAUGUACAUGCUGGCUCAGGACCCAGUUUUAGGUCCAGUCAGAGGAAGAUAUUAAACCUGCUCUUGGAGAGAGACACUUCCUUUACCACCUGUCCAGAUCUCCCUAGAACUCCAGUGAACAAACUCUUUGGCGAUUCUGCAAACCUAAGUGUUUUGUCUGGAGGAACCCCAAAAUGUUGCCUUGAUCUUUCCAAUCUUAGCAGUGGUGGGGAGAUGUCUGCCAGUCAGCUUACCACUUCUGCAGACCUUGAUGAAACAGGUCACUUGGAAUCUAAAGGACCUCAGGACAUACAUUUAGCUGGGAUGAAUCAUCACCAGCACUUUACAAAAUGCAGCCCAGUACAGCUGCUUUGUAGCACUCCAAAUGUUUUGGACUGUGGCAACAGGAAGAAAGAUGCAGUAUGUAGCUCACCCACAAAUAAAGAAAAUAAGAAUAACACUUUGAAGUCCUCCGAGUGGUGGGCAUCCAGGAGCCUGAAGUUUCAAAAGACACCAGGGGAGCUUUACAUGUCUCCCCUUUCUCUACUGGACAAUGGAAAGUUGGUGGAAGGAGAAAUGAAAUAUCUGGGCAGUCCCAUUACUACACUUCGAAAAUUGGAUAAAAAUUCAGAACUAGAAGAACACCAGGCAGAGGAGAUUUCAAAUGAAUUGAUGGAGUUUUCUCUGGAAGAUCAAAAAGAGAUCAAGGCAUCUCGGAAUAGAAGCUCCUUGUAUCGCUCGCCUUCACUGCCAGAGACUCUGAACAGGCCAAGACUGAAUCAGGUGGUAAAAUUCAAGGACAAUCCCAUAGCAGAUAAAGUAAAACAGGAGUAUUGUUCUCACAACAAAGAAUUCAGAAAGGGCUUAGGUCUAAAGAAAGCAGUCUCUCUCUGUGACAUUAAUAUCACUCAGAUGCUGGAGGAAGAGUCUAACCAGGGGUCUCUGAUUGGUGAUUUCUCCAAGGUGUGUGUGCUGCCAACCGUGUCAGGGAGACACCAAGAUCUGAAGUACAUCAACCCAGAAACAGUGGCUGCCUUACUGUCAGGGAAGUUCCAGAGUCUGAUUGAGAAGUUUUAUAUCAUCGAUUGCCGCUAUCCAUAUGAGUACCAGGGAGGACACAUCCAGGGAGCCUUAAAUUUGUACAGUCAGGAAGAACUAUAUGACUUCUUUCUGAAGAAGCCUGUCAUGCCUCUGGACACCCAGAAAAGAAUAAUCAUCGUGUUCCACUGUGAAUUCUCCUCAGAAAGGGGUCCCCGAAUGUGCCGCUCUCUCAGAGAAGAGGACAGGGCUCUGAACCAGUAUCCUGCAUUGUACUAUCCAGAGCUAUAUAUCCUUAAAGGGGGCUACAGAGACUUCUUUCCAGAAUAUACGGAACUGUGUGAACCACAGAGCUACUGCCCUAUGCAUCACCAAGACCACAAGGCUGAGCUGCUGAGGUGUCGAAGCCAGAGCAAAGCAUGGGAAGGGGAGCGGCAGCUGCAGGAACAGAUUGCCUUACUGGUGAAGGAUGUGAGCCCAUGACAAUGGAUCAGUGGUUUGCUGCUUACAAGUCACCCAAAGACACUGUAGAAACCCUGAACAGAAAGAGCCAUGUUGAAUGUGGCAAAACCCAACAUUGUUAAAAGAUGGCUGCAAACCAACAGGCUGCCAAGAUAAUGAAAUUCUAGGCCUGGGGGUUGGUUUUAGCAAAACUGCUGGCUGUUGACUAAGUCCCGGAGCUGGCUUUAGAAGGCUGUAGCUUUGGGUUGGAUGGAGAUUUGUGUUGCUUCAGGAAGUGGUUACAUUCUCUUCCCAAUUAAAUGUCUUCUUACAAGCCAGCCAGCUCUUUCUCUCCCUGGGUCUGUGCAAGGGAGUUGGGCAUCUUCUUUCUCUGUACUUUGCUUCUUUGUUUCCCUCUCUCUCUUUUUCUUAAAUGGGAAAAUAAACACUACAAAAUUA